AUGACGGCAUCAUGGAAUCCUCCUGGACCGGCAACGUAUGAGGUGCUCCGUGAGGCACUGAAAAACGACGAUUAUGAAUCGUUGAAUCAAAUAUUGGGAGAAUUGGAGAACUUAUUCCGAGGCUUCCCGGUCGAUUCGAACGGAAAUGGCACCACAGCGACCGCAGCGAUCGGCACGGCCGAGCUCAAGCUAUGGAUCGAUGGAGUGGGCCGCCUAAUGUUUCAACAAAACUCGAUCCCCAUCAAACGGCUGGCGAUCGACACGUUCGAGGCAGCGAUGCCGUACUUUGAAACACUGGCUUACAUCGAGCUUCCGGCGUGGCCGACGCUCCGGGCGAUCGUUAGUAGCCACUACACAUCGUUGCUUGAUAAGGCGCGCAACGAAAACGACCCGGACUGGCACCGGAUCUGGUCGAUCCUGGUACGGCUGCUGCACCGCGAUGUGUGCCAAGGUUCCACCAUCAUCAACAUGUUUCUCUCGAUCGUGGAGGCCGGGUUCCGGGCGGCGGAGUUUUCCGUCCGCGAACAGGCCUUCGAUUGCUGGCGACUGUUGGUGGAGGUGUUCGCUAGGCACCGACAGAUCAACUUCCCGAAGCGCAUGCGGUUGAUCUGUAUUCCGCUCAAGAGCUCCAAAUCGAAAACGGAACUGAUUGCGUUAAAGAAGUUCGACAUCUGGUGGUUUCUGUUGACGCAGUUACACGAUCAGUUAGACACCUGCGUCGACACCAUCUUCGAGCCGUUCAUCUACUUUUGCUUCGGUCCAUCGUUCAGAACGCCCCUCUGCUACUAUUUCGACGAAUCCUUCAAGGAAAUUGGAGCUCCGGGCAAAAUCUACCAAUCGGUCAAACAGCUCUCUGCUAUUGCGUUGAUAAAUCUGCUUGGCCCGGCACCGGAAGUGACCAAACAAUUGCUGAUGCUAAAGCGUGACAAAACCUUGUCAGCGUUACCGUUUUGUUGCCCCGAGCAAGGAAUGUCUAUUUCGGCGCAACUGUUUGCCACCAAAGCGAAGCUGCUGAUCGAUUCGUGCACCGAAUGUACGGUUCUUUUGGCGCAGAUGACGCACCUAGACUAUCUGGAGCUAAACCGGUGCCUGUGGCGGAACUUGUUGAGCCGCGCCGUAAACUUUGACUCGAAAUGGGAGUUGCUUCUGUGGUUUCGGGACGAUAUGACCGCCCUGGUCAGUCUGUGUUUAAAGCAGAGCGAAGAUUUGGCCUUACGGGAGCUACUGUACGAAACACUGUUGAUAGUGGCUCAGAGUGAGCUCCUGACCGUCACCGUUGGCUACGAUUCACCGGAGCAGCUAAUGCUGAACUACAAGUGUGUUAUGGCUGCCGUUCUGCACCCAGACUUACCGUGUCCGGAGAGCAAAUCCAAACAAAUCGUAGAACAUGUGUUCGACUUGCAACGCUACACCCAACAGCAGGGUUACUGGGAGAUGCUGCAGAAAACGGUCCAAUAUUUGUGCACUGCGGCCGAAGUCAAUCACUCCCAGAGUGCGGAGUUCCGGGAGAUCCGUACACAGAUCUACCUUUACCUUGCGGACUAUCUGAUCGAGCGCAUCCGAGAUGAUCCGAAUGGCUUCGAUGCCCAUCGUGCGGUGGUAAUGAACUUUUUAUUGUACCCUCUGGAAUUUGAUCAGCUGGUGCUGACGGAAAAGGUGCAGACAAAAUGGCUUGCGGUGUACCGACCGAUCGCGCAGCGCGAACUCACGACGUGCGAUUUUGCCAACGGCUUCUGUGAAACGAUCAAAGCUAUGACGGUCGCAAAAUAUUCUUUCAACCUCGGAGUAGUGGCCGCUUUCUUGUGCCACAUCCUCGAAUCCGUGACGGGCGAUUUCGAUCUGGCAAGGCCGCCACUCAAAGUAAUUGAGCUGUUCAAAGAUCUCACUCGGAAGGCGUUGGCGUACAAAGCGAGCAUGGAUCGUCUCGAUACGAUGGCACGCUGCUUCCGCGAGCUGCUAGGACGGAUGAGCCACAAGGCAGUGUUGUCGGUGAUCAUGCCGCUUCGAACCACGGUCGCCGAGAUGGUAGCCAACGAGCAUGGGCUCGCUGUGAUCGAGAUCAAACGAAUAUUGAAUGUGCUGGCGGGGAAGAUGAUUUCUUCGGCGAUGAUGAGUGAAUUGAAGCGCCAACCGAACGAGGUGCGCUGGAACUGCAAACUGAUGCUCCAGAAUAUGCUCCAGCUGCCGGCGACGGUGCGCCGUAACUGGAAGGAGGCCGACAUUAAGAAGUGUAUCCAACUUUGUGACAGCGACAUCCGAGAAUCGGCAGAGAAAUCUGCGAAGCCCAAAGCGGACCAUGAUGAGUUUGUCGUUAUCGAGUCGAAUUGGAGAUUUAAACCGGAUCAAUUGACCGAGCAUCAGCUGGAAAAGAUGAAGGAGAAGCGAACCGACAUUCCGGCACUGUACAAUGAUAUGAGCCAGUCGCAGGACAGUUUCAUCAUCAAACCGUGGACACCGAGCAAACCACUUGCCUCCAAGCCAGCGGAACGGCCACCCGGCCCGGCAGAUGUAACUGCCAGCGCAGACAAUACGAAUCCGGCCACCGUCCCGUUGGAGGACGGAAAAAGCUCACUGUUGAGUACGGCCGAGAAGAACGAACCGUCGAACGGCAAGAAUGAUUCCAUCGUAUCAACGAGCGAAAGCAGCAAUGGAAAGAAGCCGGACAAGGAGAAUAACUAUGCCAACAUGGUGAGUGAUCGAGCAACCGUCAACGAUGAACCGACAGGCUCGGGGAGCGAAGGCACGGAACAAAAGGUUACCUCGGAUCCGACGCAGGAACGAACCCGCUUGGUCCUUAAGCAACUGCGUAUCGACACGGUGGCUGGGAAGAGCCUCGAUGUAAUGAGCCUGCCGCGAACGCGACGCUCGGAGUUGCCGGAUGCCAGGGAAUCGCGCCGAAAAAGCACCGAUCCCAAGCGUAAGGUAGAGAGUGAGAAGAAGUUGAAACGAACGGCGGUAGUAACCAGAAGCGAUAUUGCUUCUGCGUCGAAAGUUGCUGCCGCAGGAACAGUUCACGACAACCAGAGGAUCACGCGGACGUCGAGGAAGAAUUUGAAUUUUGAAAACCUAGGCAGCCACGGCAGUGGUGGUGACUCGACCACUGAAGACGAAAACAUCGUUGAAUCUUCUCAGGGGGCUGAAAAUUCCCAGAGCGCUUUAGGGCGGAAGCUGUCAGGACGGCGCCGCUCCAGGGUUGGUAGGUCCACUGGCGAUCUUACGCCAGCGACGGAUACGAAAUCAUCCGGAAAACAGUUAGAUGAUGUGCCGGCGUCGACUAAUCCACCAUCUACAUCGUCUCAAAGUGAAUCAAUGGAAAUUGAACAGACGCCAUCAAAAGAUCGUGCAAACGAACCACCGAUGGUCAAUCCGGAGCAGACAUCCGGUUUGAGCGAACCGCCUGCGGCCAUAGCUGAUGCAAAGGAUGACACAAUGAUGGUCAGUUUAAGACCAGACACCAGUGCCUCGAAAAACUUGUCACCCGAACCGGAACGAGAAAUAAAGACUAAUCUUGUCCGAAGCCCGAAACGUAUCACACGAUCCUCACUGGACGACGAUCGGAAAGAGGAAUCGAUCCGGCAAGCAACACAAUCACACAGUCCCAGACAUCGGUCCGACUGUUCCGAGCCGGUGCCGGCUAAGGAGAUUCAAAGUCCCAGCCGGCGAGUGACUCGGUUGAGUAUAGAUGAGAGCGACGCCACCAUCGCCCGUACGGGCAGCCCGUCAAAGGGCAGCGAUCUAAACCAUAACCUGUCCAAGCGACCCAGAAGUCUUUCGACAUCCCCAUCCAAAUCACGGGUUGCGGACGGCGCGCAACAAGCGUCCUGUAGCGCAAUGGUCAGUAUCAUAGCUGCUGCUAUUUGCAGCCCGAAGAAAAUGUCCCCUACCAGCCCGGUCGUUAUGGUUGAGCCAAUAAAUAGUGCCCUACUGGCGAACGUGAAGAAAACACUCGCUGACCCCAUCAACUCGGGGAUGAUGAUGCCUGCGGAAGCAACAGAUACAGCGAAAGAGUCUCCGAAGCCGACAACUUCGUCCGCCUGUAAGCAACCGGAUGUGGAUGGUGUGCUACGUGAGACGGAGGCGCUAUCACCCGUAAAGAACCUGGAUGAAACGAUGGAGCCGAUGAACCGAUCUCAAAACUGCACCAUCGUGUCUUCUCCCGACAUAGAGAAUGCCGAGGAACGGGCUGCGGAUUUGCUUAACAGUACACUGAAUAUUUCGCCGAUACCGGACGAGAAGAGUUCCUCGGCGAGGGGUCCUGCAGAUAAUGGGGUUCUUGCGGGCUCGACGAGCGCAGAUCGACGUGCUCCGAGUAGCAUCAUGGACAAGGAGCGGGAACCUAGCGCCACUUCCGGCCAUGUCUCAGCCCUAAUGUCGAGACGAUCGAAAGCAAGCCCCCAGGGCUUCUCGAUGCCCACUGCCGGCGGAGCACCAUCUAGCGCGGGAGGGUUGAGGACUCGCAACCAGCAACACCCAAUGGCCGCCAGUGGAUCGACAUCGCGCAGCCCGUCCACGGGGCUCAUCGGUUUGGGAGGGCGUGGUGCGCACUUCAUCAGCUUGAUUCGCGGACACCAGAACGAUCUUUCGCCAGGUAGCAAAACACCGCUCCCACAGUGCUCUUCCACGCCCACUGCUGGUCAGUCGUCGGCCUACUUGGCUAACCGUGCGACGAUGCGAAAACGGGCGAUCGUGGCCAGCGCCACGUCGGCAACUCAUGAAGGUACCGCGUCACCGGACACGGGAACAAUGCCACUGCCGGACGAUGACGGGAUGGCAAAUAGAAAGGAGUAUUUGGUCUUUUCGAAGGUGCUACCGUCACCGCACUCUUCGCCCGCGGUCAGUAUACUGAAGCGGCGUCACAACAUUCUCGAGGACAGUGUCGAUGACGGAGAGUCGCCAGCUUACAAGCGAAAGCGCGUCAGCUUCCACGAUCCACCCGUAUCGGUGACAAAGGAAUACAUUCGCCACGACGAGGAGUGCCGAUCACCGUCGAUUAGCCGCUGUCUGCAGCUGACCCACGCCAUAUCGCCCGCCGACAAGGCCAAGUUUAUGAUGCGUCGCAAGAGCCGCUGGGACAGUAUUUCGGAGCUGGAAAGAUUCACUCGGAAGCAAGCCGGCUUCGGCGGCAGCUGCGGUGGUCAGCAGCAGCAGCAAUCGGAGAUGGAGGGUAUCGAAACCGCCUUAGAUGGGCAGCGGGCGCCUGGGGACGAAGAGGAGGAAGAAGAGGAGCUGACGUCGUCACCCGAGUCGUUGGACGAUUCGCAGUUCAUCAUUCACGAUGGCACGGAUACGUCGAUCGCUGCGUUACAGGUGUCACCGGCAAACACGACCUCAGCGGAACCGAACUCAGCAGCGUCCCAAAGACCGACCCCGCUGGCAGAGAAAGAAACACCGUCCGCCGCAGUCGCAUCCGGUGAAACGAUGGGUACAGCGGUGGACAGCGGUUUGAAUUUUGCAUCGGAAGAAGCCCUGCUUCAGCACGUCAUGCAGCGUUACACUUUGGACGAUAUGCUAGCGCGUUACGUGGCGGACGGCCGAGCGCUCGAGCAAAGCAAAAUGGUUCGCAUCCUAACCCGCGAGCUAUCGGUGGCCAUGGCAAAGGAUCAGAAAACGCUGCACACCGUGCUGGACCAGCUGUCGGAGCGCUACUCGGCCGAGUUUUUGGAUCACGCCAUACAGGAGAACUCCAGUGCCAUGGUAUGCGAGCGCGUAUCGGCGACGGCCAUGUUGGACCAUAUUUUCAAAAGCCUGCGCCGGCCUGCCGGUGCCAGCAGCUCGGAGCCGAUGCUGGAUACCGAGCGUUUGCGGUUGGUGCAGAGCAUGUUCGAGGGUCUGUCCACCGUGCCGGACAUCGCCGAGCCCGACGGGCAGACCACGGUGGCUCAGAUUCGCGAGCGUUUCUUGCGCCAGCAAGUUGCACGUAAAGAGCGUCUCGAAAUGAUGACCCUGAUCGAAGACUACUUCAAAAUGUCGAACGCGUUAUAGUGCCCCGAACGUGGUUCGCGCGUGGGUCUACAAUUGUUAAAUAUCUUGUCUCAUUUUACCAACCGGUCGUUCUACAUAAACACGAUCGUACAUUAGUUGGAUAGCAUUAGUCCAUGAAAUUGCGCCAUUUUAUUGCGGCUUGACCAAUGACGGAUGAGAAAAGUUCAAAAAUAGUGUCUAACGAAAUCUGAAAUGUGUUUAGGAAUUAGUUUUUAUAUCUCCCACCAUCAAGCAUUGCGUCAUUAACUUGCGUCGAGUAUUUUUCAUUGUCAAUAUUUAUUUUAUAUUCCCGCGUCCGUUCGAACUGUUCUCAUCAUUUCUUUGGCCAAACCUUUAACUAGCGACCUACUGAACAGUCGACG